AUGGUCCUGCUGCCCUCGGGGGUGUUCACCAUGGGUACGGAUGACCCCGGUAUCCUUGCGGACGGGGAGAGCCCGGCUCGGCUGGUUCACAUUGAUUCUUUUUACAUGGAUGUGUAUGAAGUCAGCAAUACCGAAUUUGCGCGGUUUGUGGAGGCCAGCGGUCACGUGACCGAGGCAGAGACCUUUGGGGACUCGUUUGUUUUUGAAGGCUUCCUGAGCGAGGAAGUGAAGAGCGGAAUUGAUCAGGCGGUUGCGGCUGCACCCUGGUGGCUGCCGGUGAAAGGAGCGGACUGGAGGCAUCCGGAGGGGCCGGAUUCGGAUCUCGCCGACAGGAUGGAUCACCCGGUCCUUCAGGUGUCCUGGAACGACGCCGUCGCUUUCUGCGCCUGGGCUGGGAAGCGCCUUCCGACCGAGGCCGAGUGGGAGUACGCCUGCCGGGGCGGCCUGGAGAACAGACUCUUUCCAUGGGGGAACAAACUGGAGCCGAAGGGGCAACAUUACGCCAACGUCUGGCAAGGAGAAUUUCCAAACAAGAACACGGCAGAGGAUGGAUAUGUGAAGACUUCACCAGUGACCGCUUUCCCUUUCAAUGGUUUUGGCCUUUACAAUAUGGUGGGAAACUCCUGGGAAUGGACGGCCGAUUGGUGGACCACCCAACACUCUGCGGAUGAAGCUUAUAACCCGAGAGGUCCGAGCUCGGGGAAGGACAAGGUGAAGAAGGGCGGAUCGUACAUGUGCCACAAGUCUUACUGCUACAGGUACCGUUGUGCGGCUCGCAGCCAGAACACCCCGGACAGCUCCUCUUCCAACCUCGGCUUCCGCUGCGCCGCAGACGCCAAGUAGCCCGGCCGAAGGGUAGCGGC